CGUAUAAGAAUCGUUCAUUGUCUUUCUUCAUCAUUGACUUCUGUCUUGAGUCUGGCGGUGAGCAUCUCAUGUGAACCGUUAAAAUGCGUUCUACAUUGCUCGCUUCUCUUGCCGGUUAUUCCGGCGCGGCACUGUCUGCUUCAACGCUGCUUUCAGGCGGUACUAUCAUUGCCUUUGAUGAAGACAGCAAGUCUCUGAGCGUCAUACGCGACGGCGCAUUGCUCGUUACUGAUGAUCGCAUCGCCGGCCUCUACGAUGAAGCUAGCCCGGAGGAUAUACCUGCUGACACCGAGGUCGUGGACUGCACCCAUAAGAUUAUCACCCCGGGUUUCAUCGACACACAUCGCCAUGGAUGGCAGACGGCGUUCAAGACGCUCGGUUCGAACACGACGCUGGCAGACUACUUCCUGACCUGGUCCAGCCCUGCUGCUAACCACCUCUUCACUGCUGAGGAUGUAUACGACGGCCAACUCACUGGACUCCUCGAAGCUAUCAAUGCCGGUGUGACGACAACGCUGGACCACGCUCAUAGCAUGUGGUCGACAGAUCGAGCCGAAGCUGGGCUCGAAGCGUCAAUUGAGAGCGGUGCGCGCGUCAUCUGGGCCCCCGCGAUUGACCCCACGCCGAAUUACCCGUUUGCGGACCAGAUCAAGGACUGGAAGAGGUGGAAUAGGAGGUCUUUUCCGAAUGAUCUGGUCACGCUUGGUAUUGCAUAUGAUGGCUGGGAUAUUGGCGUACCGGAGAAUACGCUGGCUUUGGCUAAAUUGAUUAAAGACGCGAAACCACCCGUCUUGACGAUCCAUUGGCUUGGUGGUGCCUGGCCAAUCGACAGCUCCCCAGCACUAGUCCACUCCUUCGGGGUCCUGAACACAUCCACGGCCGUCGUGUUCUCGCACGGCGUGGGCAUAACAGCGGCGUCGGCAGACCUCUUGCGCUCAACCAACCAAUUCCUCUCCAUCACCCCCGAGUCGGAAAUGCACUGCGGCCACGGACAUACUUACUCGCAUCAUAUCCAUGAGCAGGCUGCCCUCGGCGUCGACACGCAUCUUGCGUUCUCGACGGAUAUCAUCACGCAGGCGCGGCUGUGGCUGCAGCGCACGAGGUCGAGGUUGUUCGAUGAGGUGCUGGAUCAUUGGCAUAUUCCUGCUAAGAAUCCUAUGUCCGUAAACCAAGCCUUCCUCCUCGCAACCCGCCAAGGCGGGCUCGCGCUCCGACGCCCAGAUCUAGGCGUGAUCCGCCCGGGCGCCAAAGCCGACCUCGUCAUCUUCAACGGACGUUCCCCAAGUCUUCUCGGCUGGGCGGAUCCCGUCGCGGCCGUCAUCCUGCAUGCGAACGUCGGCGAUAUCGAACAUGUCCUCGUCGACGGAAAGUUCGUCAAGCGCGAUGGGAAACUCACGUAUGAGAAGUAUCCCGAGCUCGUGGAGAGCUUUUUGAAGAGCGCCGAGAGGAUUCGAGCGAAGGCGUUGGAACGCCCGGAGCCCGUGCUCACGGGGACGUUCUUUGGGGCUGAAGGACGGUGCUUUUAUGCGGAUGCUGAGCAGGUUGAUGUUGUGAGGGGUGAGGGCACUGGGUAUGGGCCGCUUUUCCGCGACACUAGCGAUAAAUCAUCUGCGAAAGCGGCGUCGGGAAAGAAACACGAUGAGCUAUAAUCGCAUCUGGGCGAUGGAAGUGAAAUGAUACGAUGGUCUAAUAUUGUAUAAUGAUUCACAGUGCCAUGUUGUAAGGGUCAUUACG